GAUAUCUUCUAGUACAGAAUUCAUGAAGUUGAUAGCAUGAACAUAAAAGACAAUAACAACAAUGAGCGGUUCGCAACUAUUUCCCGUGAAUCUGAAUAAUCUUACAGCCAAGGAACGGCACAACUAUAUUCUCAACCACUACGUCCUUAAUUCUUCGGAGGAUGCUGAAUCCCGCCGCCACAAGCGGGACAUCGAUGUGAUCCGGGAGAAUCAUCGCUUCCUGUGGGAGGAUGACGAGGUGGACACCGAUUCCCUUAGCUGGGAGCAGCGUUUGGCCCUGCGGUACUACCGGAAGCUAUUCAAGGAGUACUGCAUAGCGGAUCUGUCGCGCUACAAGGAGAACAAGAUAGCCUUGCGCUGGCGAACCGAGCAAGAGGUGGUCACCGGUAUCGGCCAGUUCCAGUGCGGCAGUCGUCAUUGCGGGGAGCGGACCAAUCUGCGUAGCUGGGAGGUAAACUUCAAGUACAUCGAAAAGGGAGAGCCACUUAAUGCGCUGGUUAAGGUGCGCCUUUGUCCCACACACACGGAUCAGCUCAACUACCGCACCAAGAAGAGAGAAUAUAAGAAUCAGCGACGCCGGGAAAAGGAGGAACGCAAAGCUGACCGAAAAAAGAAGCGUCGAAAACUGGAUGUGGAGGAGGAAACAUCCUCAGACAACGAAGAGGAAAAGGAGACUAAGGGAACAACAACAGAACCAGAGCAAGAGACCAACAACAAGGAACCUCCAACAGAGGAGAGCACAGCAGACGACCAGAUUUGGCGGCAGCAACCCGAUCUCGGCCUGGAGCCAAACACCAGGGAGCAGGAGUUUGAGCGCUACUUAGAAGAUCUCCUCUUUUAAAAUACAUAGCACAUUUAUUUUGAUUCAACGUAGACAGUAGUGCUCUUUUUUAUAGUUACUGGCCGCGAGACGCGUUCGCUUACGAACUAAGAUGUACAUGUACACUCACAUUUACAGGAUUAUUCACAAAAACUGCGUGUUAAAACCGACACCAAAUCUAAAGUUGAACUGGACAUUAAGGCUGUGACUUUGAUUUUUGGAAAAAAUAUUCCGAAAUCGCUACAUUAUAUGCAUAUACAUAGUUCAACCGUAAUUUCUGUAUCCGAAGAAAGCGAACCGAGAAGUCGAAAAUACGUAACGUAAUAUCUAACGAUUACGUGCUCUUCUGUGGUAAAAAAAAAUAAUUGUUUAAAGCCUGCCACUGAAGCGUUUUCUAAAUAUAGAUCGCUCUUGAAUAAAUAUUGCCGAUUGUUUACACUCCACGAAUAAAGAAAUCAC